AGGAGACCUGGAGCACUGGGGUCCUCAUUGAGUCUCAGUAAUCCAGUUUGGAGUGGUCGCUGAGGAUGCCACCAGAAGCAGCCUCUCCAUAAGACCUGCAGUGCAUCGGCACUGUGGUUUUAUAGACUUGGGAGCUCAUUAGUUGCUUAUUAGUUUAUUCUACCUCAAGACAGCUUAAAAACAGUUCUGAUCUAGUUCAGAUCUAAUUAGAUUUCAGGUUAUGCCACAGCACACGAAAUGUAGGUGUAGCGAGAUGUUUAACUGGCAAGAUUUUCUCUCAAAGUCACGGGUCCAUCUGUAGGAUCUGAAUCUGAAGACACCUUGCAAGAGCGAUUAUGAAGAUGAAACUCACCAUGCACGGACCAGUCAGGACCUUCGGAUCAAAGCAGUAAAAGUCGUCUUUAUGGAGUUUCAAAAUGACAUUUUCUAAACUGCUGAACGAGAGCAAGGAUGAAUUCCCCUCGGACUUUCUCUCCAACAUCAGCAACACCACCUGCGAGGGCAUCACCCUCGACUCUCAAGUCAUCGGCGUCGGAGUCUUUCUGGCCGUUUUCAUUUUGGUGGCGAUCGUCGGAAACAUUUUGGUUAUUCUGUCGGUGCUGUGCAACAAACAUUUACAGACGGUCACCAACUUCUUCAUCGUGAACCUGGCCAUAGCGGACCUUCUGCUGAGCAUCAUCGUCCUGCCGUUCUCCGCGUCUCUGGAGGUGCUGGGAUGCUGGGUGUUCGGUCGGGUCUUCUGCAACAUCUGGGCAGCGGUGGAUGUGCUUUGUUGCACGGCGUCUAUUUUAAGUUUGUGCAUUAUAUCUAUAGACAGGUACAUCGGGGUAAAAUACUGUUUGAAAUACCCCACUAUCAUGACCGAACGGAAAGCAGGUGUCAUACUCGUGGUAGUAUGGGUUUCUUCAAUGGUGAUUUCCAUCGGACCGCUUUUGGGAUGGAAAGAGCCCCCACCUUCUGACGAGAGCAUCUGCAGCAUCACGGAGGAACCGGGUUAUGCUCUGUUCUCCUCUUUAUUCUCCUUCUACCUCCCGCUCAUGGUCAUUUUAGUCAUGUACAUUAGAGUAUACAUCGUGGCCCGCCGGACUACAAAAAGUUUAGAAGCGGGUGUGAAACGGGAGAGAGAUAAAUCGAUGGAAGUGGUGCUGAGGAUACAUUGCAGGAGCAUGCCGGAGGAUUCGAGCACGAGCUCCAAAACCAAAAACCACCCGUUCAGAAGUUCUCUGUCCGUCAGACUCAUGAAGUUCUCAAGAGAGAAGAAAGCUGCUAAAACCCUCGCCAUCGUCGUGGGGAUGUUCAUUCUUUGUUGGCUACCGUUUUUCUUCGUUUUGCCUUUGGGCUCUUUCUUCCCAGCUCUGAAACCCUCUGAGGUGGUGUUCAAAGUGAUCUUCUGGUUGGGCUACUUCAACAGUUGCAUUAACCCCAUAAUUUACCCCUGCUCGAGCAAGGAGUUCCAGCGGGCCUUCAUCCGCCUGGUUCGCUGCCAGUGCCAGCGCCGCCGCCGUAUCCUACGCCGCUUCUACGACCAGCGCUGGAGAACAGCCAUGCGAGGAGCCCGGAGGGACCCGCACAGAGACUACUGCUCUGGAUUUCCUUUUCACGAGCAGUGUGCUAACUCUAUCUAUUCCUGCCAGAGCAAGAGCCGGCCUCUUAGUCUGAAGAGCUGGAGCUUCUUCCCCCCUUUACAGAAGUCCUCCUUCCAGCUGAAGGAGAAAAUGAACAACCUUUCCAAUAAGAUUAAGAACGGGACAGGGAAGAGUAGCACCUCUGCUCUGGCCCGGACAGAGAUUGACACGGUCUCCAUGGGGAUCUACAACGACUGCACCGAUCAGAGCGGCUACCAGAUCUACGACCUCACAGAGUGCUACGGCCUGAAGGAAACAGACAUCUAAACAAAGACUGAGAUUACUGUCUGUUUUCUCUGAGAGCUCUGACCCACUGCCAGUUCUUAGGAAUUGUUUGAUUUUUUUUUUUUUUUUUUUUUCUGAAAGACUAGUAUUUUUGUCAUGUCUUAAAGCACACAUUCGGAAAGCAAAUAUGCGGAAGAAAUGACAACGACGAUAUGUGUUAAAGGAGAUUAAUGUAUUUUCACAUUGAUAAUUUAAAAAUAUUUCUUUGAAAGUGGGAAAAGUACACUGAAUUGAAAAAUUGUGUGGGGAAAAAAAAAACCUAUCUGCACUGGAUCAGAAUGAAAAGACUCAUAGCUGCUGGGUAUCUGUAUACCGUGUUGUCCAUGUGGCCUUUGAGAAAUAGUCUGUCAGGCGUUUCAAACUCUCUGAUGACCAGCAACGGUUUUGAACUGUAUUUACAAAGAAAGAUUGUUAAACUUGUUGUCAGUUAAGUGUGAAUGGAAAACAUAUUUUACUGUGAUGUAUCUGAGAGACCGUUGAAUCCAUGACAGAUUUGUAUUGACAUAAUGAUUCGCUGUGAUUCUCAGAUUGCUGUGGAAUUCACUUUUAAAUGAUAAAUAAAUUGAUUCAGAGGUGCGUACCUUUCUUCGUGAGGCACGGUUUGUAACCUAAACAGAUUUUGUGCAGAUGUUUGCAGUAUCACAGAGGGUAGUUCUGAAUAAUGUGUUAUUCGUGUGCUAUUCAUGCUAUUCUCAUUUGCACCAUCCCUUAAAAGGACCAACAAAAAAAAAAAAAUCAUGGACUACAACUCAGUUUUUGUGUUGUUGAGAAAAGCUUUGGGUUUCUUUGUAAUGCUGAUGUUACGGUGUCUUUCAGUGUCAACUAUUAAACAUAAUAAAUUUGAAAAGA